UUUUGGACUUGAUGGUGUAUCCAGGGAAAUUCAGCCGGGGGGUACGCGAAGAUUAUUUCAAGUGGAAUUAACAAGUAUCUCAUGCUCGAGAAUGAAUCAGAAAGACAGUUUCUACUGAUGUGACGCAAUGAUGGAUAAACUCCGCCGAGUUUAGGAGCAACAGCGGAUUUUUGGGAGCUCCGCUUAUCUGACGCUGGAUAUCUGAAUCUCUGCAAUGACUGAGUCCUCCAAACCGCCUUCAGGGAGGAGAAUGAAGGCUCAUGCCCCACCUCCACCUUCGGCCCCGCAACCGGCUCCCCGUCGCAUCUUCAGAAACCCUGCACCUGAUGGGGGAGGGACGUCGGGCCUGGAUGCCAAGGAAAACAUGCUGAGGCCCACUGUGGAUGUUCUGUUAACCCUACCACAGGGACAGCAGAUCCAUGUAACCGAGGACGGAAGUAAAGCACUGAUGGACCUGCUGGUCGAGCUCUGCAGUCGCUACCACCUGAAUCCGGCCCUGCACACCCUGGAGCUCCUGUCACCCGACGGCCACAGUCUGGGCUUCAAGCCCAACACUCUGCUGGGCUCCCUCAACGUGGCCUGCGUCUUCAUCAAGGAGAAAGUCUGGGAGGAGAAAGUGGUGCGCAGACCGGCGCCCAAAGUGCCAGAGAAAACAGUGCGUUUGAUGGUGAACUACCACGGCAACCAGAAAGCUGUGGUCCGGGUCAACCCUUUGGUACCCCUCCAGGUUCUGAUACCGGUCAUCUGUGACAAGUGUGACUUUGAUCCUGCACAUGUUCUGCUCCUGAAGGACAGCAUCAACCGCCACGAGCUCCAGCUGGACAAAUCUCUGUCAGAUCUGGGCAUCAAGGAGCUCUACGUACAUGACCAGAGUCUAGCUUUCCAGCCUAAAAUGGCUUCUGCUCCCGCUCUUAACUCCUCAGACUCCAUUUGCUCCAGUACAACCAGUCUGGGAAAAGCAGAGAAGAAAGGCCUCCUGGGAAUCUUCCAGUUCAGCAACAGAAGGAAAUCCAAAACAGAGACAAGAUCUAUGGACAUGGAUGACUUUGAUGAAACAAUAAUCCAAUAUACAGACACACAAUCUAAUGCUCUGUCCACAGUGUCGGGGCUCCACAGCUUAGAGGAUCGACCUGGCACCUUGGGUCAGUCUCAGUCUGUCAUGAAUAUCACCAGGAUGUCUCCUAAGGCAGACGCCAAGAAGAGGAGGGCCCCAGCACCACCAGGGGCCCCGACACCGAGCAUGGGACACACCAGCUUCGAAAGCUACCAGAUGGGCCUUGGUUCAGAGAGCCAGCAGAGGAAAAGAAAGGCUCCAGCUCCUCCUCCCACUCCGACUUCCUUCACCCAGGGAUCCGAUGAUGCUUCCACCUCUGCUGCUCCGUCUCCUGAUAGCCAAGCUACUGAGAUACCAACACCAGCUUUCCGCACCCAGGUGGUUCAGUCAACCUCAGUCUCUGCUGCUACUGUGGUGAUAGAAACAGAAAAACCAGGCCCCAUAGAAGUGGAGGCACAACCUCCACCUGAGUUCAGUGCCACCCCGACCCCCAGUUCUCCAACCCCAAGCAGCAGCACCACUGACAGCCUGGCUGUGCAGGAUUCCAGCUCUGAGCUCAGCCACAGCCUGGACGACUCAGACGCUGACCUGGACCAGGCUGGUUCUGGCUCUCGCUGCAGCACCCUCAGCAGCAGCACCGCCAGCGGCUCUGUGCCGGUAAAGGCCACUACGAAAACCUCCAGCAGCAAGAUGCAGAAAUCAGCCACCAUCAUUACUGUCAAACUAAAGGAAGAGACGGCCUCAGACAGCAGCUCCAGGUCGGAGACUGAGUCAGCCCUAAACCUGAAGCUGGAUGAAGUUGAGAACAACAGACACAGUGCAAUGGGAAACGCUGAUCGACAAGUACCACCCAAACCUCGACGCUGUCCGGCCCGGGAGUCACCGCAGCUUGUCUUCCCCUCUACCCUCACUACUCCUCCUAUUGAGUCCACAGAAAGCAACCCCAUGGUGGAGGAGGAGGAAGCAGCUCCCCAGUCUUGGCUCCAUUCUGCACGGAGCUCUGCAGCAAGUGACCAGAAACCAGAAAACGAAAUUGCUGAGGAUGAAACUGUGUCGUUGGGCGGCAGCAGCAGUGGCAGCAGCCUGCCUGACCAGGGUUACGCAGCUUCUGAGGGAAUGUUAGAGGGCGAGGACUCAGGGAUGGUCAGCUCUCCAUCUGACACCCAACCCACGUCCCCAGAUGGGAGUUUGUCUCUGGACGGAAGUGGCCGAGGCAGAGGAGAGAAACUGCUGCGACCAGUGAGGGACAGUUCCAGCGACAGCGAUGAGGGAUGUGCCACCUGGGGAUCAAUUCACAGGCACAGUGACAUAAACUCGCAGACACAGUCAGUCAGAUUAAAAAACUGCUUUGAAGAGGACCCAGAGAUCACAGCCCAACUCCAUCAGACUCUGGCAGAUUUUGAAGCAGACCUUGCAGAUCAUGAGGUUUUAGUCUCAGCAAGAGAGACUCCUGAUACCAUGUCCACUGACAGUAAUGAGGUGCCGGUGUCUGUCGUGGACAUGGAUGUGCCAGUCACAGCCAUAGAUGAAGUAAUGGAGGUCUAUGAGCACAAUACAGUAAAACAUGAGGUGAAAGCACUCACCAGGACUGAGUCAACUGGCAGCAAAGGUUCAGAGUUUUAUCAGAAAUCAAUUAUGGAGCCACAGAACAAAAACAACAAUGCAUAUACAGCUGCUGUCAGUACGAAAAAGCAAAAGGAAAAAAUCAAAAAACAGCACAGUAAACCAGUGGAGAACAAAUCUAGAGGUGAUAGAAAGGAAGAAGAGAUGGUAGAAACAAAAAUUAUAAAAGUGAGUGCUACUGAUACCAAACGUGUGAAAGAAGACAAACAAACACUGGUGAAGUCCAGUGCUGAAAUGCAGAAAAACAGCAAGAAGACAGAAAAGAGCCCUGAAUCUGUAAAAAAGAACUUGCAAGCUUUUCAGCAGAAGAAACCAGAUCCUUCAACGAGUCAGAGAUCAGUGUCCACAGAAAAAGAUGAAGAGAACCAUAGAGUUUACCAAAUUAAGUCCAGUUCUAGCACUUCACAGGGUAAAAUCACGCACAACGUCACAUCACGCUUUGGUAUGAGAACAUUCACUGUGGUUCCUCCCAAACCUGCUGUCACUCACACUGCUAACAAACAGUCAGAUGUCCCAUUUACCAUUGGUGCCAUUAAGAUUGAUGAUCAAGGAAAUAUGGUGUCAUCGGGUGUCUUCCGGAAUAAAGUUGGAGGGUCAUCAGAGUCAGAGAUUAAUCAUGACAAAAGUUCUCCUCUUCUUGAGAAAGCCAAAGCUUUUUGGAGCUCAAAUGAGAAGCAAGAAAGUCCUGUCAUUCCCAGCAAAAGUCUGGUUGAUAAGGCUAAGGAGAGCACAAACGGCGAGAAAAGUGCUUCCUUUGCAUUCUUUGAAACCAUGUUGAAGACCAGCAACACAGAGUACCUGAAAACAACACAAAGCACAAUUUCAAAACCUGCAGAGAAAGUCCAACUCAAAGAAGUGGUGAAAGAAGAAACUAAAGAACUUGAGAAAGAUGUCCAAGCUGUAAAUGAGGAGAAGGUGGAGAUCAAGAUCUCAGUGUCCAAAAACAUCCAGCAGCCAAGUAAUAAACCCGUCCUUCUUCCUCCACAACUUGCAGACAUGAGAAGAGACCUGUCCUUCCUCAAACCAUCCAGGCGAACCUCUAGCCAAUACGUGGCAUCUGCCAUCUCUAAAUACACCCCAGUGGCCUCAGCUAAAGCCAUCAGCACCCUUAAAUCACAUGACUACUCUGCUUCUUCACAAACGCAGACACCUGCCUUCCAGAGGUUGGGUCGGUCCAUGCAAGUGAAUCCACACCAAUCGUCCAUGUCAUCGUUAUCAGAAAAUAAGGAGUACAUCUCUACUUCCACAUCCUCUCCUGGUCCUAAGAGGUCUAUGAGCUUCCCAGAGCCUGUGUCAGAUAGUCAGAGAGGUUUUGAAGAGGUUGACAGGGGAGAAUUUAAAUAUUCUGUGGUGUCCACCAAAGAACGUUUGGAUUUGCUGGAGACAAAAACAGCCAAGAAUAAUCACAUUCACUCUAGUGGCCCCACCCAAAUAAAAGUGACCGCCAAUAAUGAUAGAGAUUACAUUAAACACAUUCGACCGAGAAGCCCCAGCCCAGUGAAAAUCAACGCUGUGCACUCAUCUGCCAAACCACCCACAGCCCCCAAGACUAUAUCUCCAAACCAGACCAGUGACUCGACAGUCAUAAUCAAGACAGUAACUCAUCUAACCCAGAAUGCAAAACCGCAACCUUCUGUCACAGUGACAGACAGCGGUGUGAUCCCUCCCCCUCCGUCAGUGACGGUGUUUGGACCGAUUGCAAAGUUCAAACCAGUGAUCCAUAAAUCUGUUGAGAAAGAAACAUCUCUGCACAGCAGCCUGAUGGAGGCGAUCCAGUCAGGUGGAGGCAGGGACAGACUCAAGAAGGUAUCCACUUCUGGCACCAAGAAAGAACCUUAUAUUGAAGAGGAGAAUGAGAGAUCUGCUCUUCUGGCUGCCAUUAGAGCCCAGAGCACUGGCAGACUGAGGAAGACUAAAUCUCUGGCUGCUCAUGAGCUUGAGAAGUUGAGGAAAGUGGCUGCUGAGGAGGAGAAAAGUGCAGCCUCCUCCUCCUCCUUUUCCUAUUCUUCUUCUGUCUUUACCCCACCACCUCCACCUCCGCCAGCACCCACGGCUGCACCUCCUCCUCCUCCUCCCCCUGUCCUGCCCCAGGCUAAACCGAGCUCUGUGGCACAUCCAAAUGCUGACGCCCUCAAGAACGCCGCCUUGGCCAGGGAGGUGAUGCUGGAGGCGAUUCGCUCUGGAUCUGCUGCUGAGAGGCUAAAAAAGAUUGCUGUGCCCAGAAACACAGUCCAAGUGAAUGGCAGACUGGGAACCAUCCAUGCAUCCUCCUCAACAAUCCCUCAACAAUAAGAGGGGGGAACCCCACAGCACCGCAACGAGGAGUAAUUUGUCACAUGUAAUUUUUGUUUUUGUGUUUUGCCACUGUGCUUUUGCAACAGGAGUUUGGAAAACUGGUUUAGUGAAUGCUGUUUGGACGUUAUAGGAGUUUUGCACUCCAGAAAUUACAAAACAAAAAUUAAGAAGAAAGAUUUCUUCAUGCUGCCUAGAAAGUCUAGAUCGCUAAAAGACGCUUCACAUGUUUCACUACCAAUCAGCUGCAUUAUCCACUAAAAGGUUUUGGAGAAUAUUUCUUUUUACUCUGUUAGUAGCCAAACUUCCGUAACAUCUAUCUGAUGAAGGUGUUUCAUAAUAUCAGUUCACUCAGCUUCUAAAAAUAACUUGGUGGAGAAUGUUUGCGUCCAUCAUUAUCACAAAUUGUUGUUCUUAAACAUAUAUCUUGCUGUCUGACUUGAAUUCAAUAGUUUAAACUGCAACGGUGUACAAAAUGUGUGCCAAUGAGAGCAAAUUUAAAUGGUUUAUGAGACUUUCAGAUCAUUUUUGUUGUGAUCUUUUUUUAUUAUUAUUAUUAUUUGCCUUUACCAAUAAUAAGUUAUGGAUGCCUUAAACUGUUGCUCAGUCAGUGUUAUGUAUAUUAUGUUUAAUAAAAAAAAUUCUAUAUAGGGUGCAAUAAGUUGGAUCUGCUGAUAUUUCCAGAUUUGAGCUACUUAAUAUUUUAUUUUCACAAAUUAAUGCUAUUUAAAACAUGCACACUUAAGAAAACAAUGGAUAGACCCAUGUACGUUGCUGCAAGUGUAUUAUUUUAUCCAGAUCUGGUCCAUAUUGCCAACCUCCGCAGUUCUUGGCUCUGGGGAGGACUAAAAUGGUGAUGACUGGCUAGUGCCUGUUAGCUAAUAAUGCUCUUGUUGUACUUUUGAAGCCUAAUUUAUGCUGCUGUUUAUAAUUUAAGGAAAUUGUCACGCCUGGUCAGAGCCCUGCAGAAAUGUUCUAGUGCAUUUCAUUUGUUGUUUCUGCUCUACAGUGGCAAAAUGGUUGACCAUGCCCUUAAUGUUGCAUAUAUAUCAUAUAGUAUAUAGCUAGGAGCUAAGAGGAACCUUUUAUUUUCAUUUCAACUUUUUGAAGCACUGUUAUUGAAAUAUACCAAUGGUGAAUACCACCAUGAGCAAAGAGAUUAGUUUACUGAUGAAUAAGUCAUUACCAGAAUGUGAUAGAAACCAGCAGAUGUAGUAAAGCAGUAAUAUAGGUUGUAUAUGGCCUUGAUUUAAGCAUUAUUGAAGUUAUUUCUGCUUCUCUGUAGGUAAAGUGUCGUUUAGAGAUGAGGUAAAGUGGACGCUGCCAUUAAAUGGUAAACAAUAGUAUAAGUAGGAUGUUCAUGCUGAAUCAUCUUUAGAAUUAAGAAGAAUUUAGAUAAUCCAUAUUCAGGUAUCAAUGUUUGCUGCUUUGUAUUUUGAGAUAAAUUUGACUAAAUGGAGUUGAUUUAAUAGUUUUCUAGAGAUUUAUUUCACUUAAUGUUCACUUUUAACCCUCAAAAAUACUUUAAAGUGUAAUGUUAUUCCUUGAAAAUUGCAUCCUUAAGAGCUUUUGUGUUUCUUUUUUAUUUUAUUCUAAAACUGGAAAUGUUUCAUUUACACACAAAAGCCUACAGCACAGUGUAGCAUUGUAUAUUUUGUAAACUAAAGAAAUCGUGGUGAUAGAGUUGAUUUAUUCGACCGAUAGUGUGAACCUUUUAUAAGCUGUUGCUUUUUAAGUUUUACGUGCACAUGGGGUUUUUUUUUUUGUUAAGGUUGCACAGGUAUUUUGUUUACCUAAUUUUUGAUUCAAUAAAUAAUUUUGUAAUCAAGCAAA